CAGACGCGCCUGACUUCCACAAGUUGAAAUAGAACCGGAGUAGAAGGAACCCAUUCAUCACCAGCAUGAUCUCCACGUUCUCCACCCAGCUGAAUGGAGAUAUACUGAAGCCCCAGUUUAUGGAGCAACUAUCUUAUCUGAAAGAAAGAAGCAAAUCCGCUACAGACAAGCAGAAAUGUGACCAUUUGUCUAAGUGUUUGCAUUUGUCCUCAACAUUACAAGGUACCAAACAUCCCAGUGUCAGAGACAAAACUCCAACAAGGCCGAAAACAGCAAUGGCUACACUAGGAGGAAACAUGUGGAACCCGUAUGAAACAUCAAUGAAUCGUGACUACUCACAUAGAAUUGGCCCACCAACUCAAGCACGACGCCCCAAAACUUCUAACGGUUACAGGAAUCCAUAUCACUUGCGUGAUCCUAUCGGAAUGAGCAUUUACACAGAUGACUUUUGUUUUAAGCCAUAUUCCAAACCUGACCUGAUUAGGACAGCAACAGCUUCAGGGUCCAGAAGCCACAAUCCGAAUCCAAAUAAGAAACCAGAUUUUAUUGCUUGGAGGCUCCCUCGUGAACAAAAACAUAUCCCUUUGGGCACCCACUCAUCGAGCAAGAAGCCCCCCACAGACGAAGAUUUGCGGAGAACAAUGAAAGCGCAGUUUUGCUCAACAUAUAAAGGAGACUAUUUGGGGAUACCGCAGGGCUAUCAAGUGAAAUAUGCUAUAAACCCUCCGCCAGACUGGAAAAAGGAGAUACCUCGACCUCUUGAUACAGAGUCAAGAUUUAAUUACCAAGUUCAGCCACAUCCACCAGAACUCAGAGAUUUUACCCACAAAUAUGGAUGCUAUUCAAAUCGGCAUGUUCCUGCUAAGGGAGUUGUGCCCACUGUGGUUUCUUCCCAUAUCCAAAACCAAGAGAAUAAAAAGCAGUUGACUACAUACCAGAGACACUUUGGAAAAGAGUAUGUUAAUGUUCUUGCUCUGACAAACUCGUUGGAUCCAGAGGACCUAAAGCUAUACCUGAGAAGUGCCCCAUCUGAAGAAAGAAGAAUAUUAGAGCGGUUCCUUAGCCAUUCUGAUGGAGCAAAUCAUCUAACCAUACAAUAAUAUCAAAACAAAGUGAAAUAACUUGCUUGAUUUCCAGUUGAAUUUAAAUAGGUGUGUGUGUGUGUUUUGUGGCACUUCUACAGCUGAAAAGUUUUAGAUUUAGGUAGCAUUUUCUACCUCAAUUAAUUAAUACCUGCCUUUGAGCAUUAACAAACUGCAGUUAUAUCAUGAUUUGCUUGUCUACUGGUUCUACAUAAACGUAGAAAACAACACUUCUAAUUUUACUUAAAUUUGUUUACAUACAAAAAUCAUUAUUAUGAUAAUAAAAAUAUCAUAUUAUUAA